UUCACUGCAAACCGCCCCGCGGCUUCUUCUGACUGCAGCUCUCCUCCGGCCCUGCAAAUACCUCUGUGCAUCGUACUUCUACUGUACCCCCCUGGCCCCUCGUCCUUGACCGCCUUGAAGCCCAAGUGCGGGAACGGCACCGGAAGCAACGCAAAGCGAGGGGCGGCGACAACGCACACAUAACCUGCCCCUCCACUCACAUUGACUCUGCUUGCUGCUCUCUGCCCUCAGUCUCUAGACUAGUCGGCUACAGUUUUUGACAGUUUCUUUCAUCUUCCACCCUCUCUUCCUCCUUCCAGCAAAGAACCAAACCCGGAUCUUACUGGUCGCUUAUCGGAUCUCGUUGGGAACUCGUCGGGCAGACGACCUUUCUCUCUCUCCCUCUCCCUCUUACCCAUCUCCUGCUCAUUCUCACUUGGAUCCCGCUCCCUUUCCUUCAUUGGGCCACUACCCCCCAAGGCUUGCAUAUUAAGGAACGCUGGCAUUCGAGCCACGACACUUGCUGCAGUAAAAACCCCGUCCCCAUUCGAUCUUCUCUUCCUCUGUCCGCAUCCUCGUGGAUCAGACCUUCUUCUCCCCACGCCUCCUCCCGCAUCAUCUGUUUCUGCUCUCCGUUGAAUGAUAGUCUGCAGUUUGACUAUUACGACCUCCUCCACAGUCGUCGACUCAAUCUUCUCCAUCGCGCCCUCUGGAAGCCUUGCUUGCUUGCUUGCCUUGCUGUUUCAUGGUUCGAUGCUGCAGGAUACAUAGCACCAGCAGACGGGAGGAACUCACUUCAUUCGUCCUAGUUUUGUUUAUUCCCAACUCCUGUCCCUGCCCGCCGACUUCCUCCGCGCUGUAACCAUUCCCCCUCUUAAUAAACACUUAAGCCAGGUCAGUCCAUCACCGCUUUCCUCUCUUUCUCUCUCUCCCCCUUUCUCCCUUUCCUCUUCCACCCCCUUCAUCUCACUCCACGAGCCUCUUUCUGUUCAGCUCCCAUACCACCAACCUUCCUCCAUGAAACCCCGUAUCUGGGUCUCGAGAGGAAUAAUGUCAUUGCGACUAGUGGUAGAUGACCCGUCCUGACCUCGUUGUGACAAUAUACUGUCCUCUCGAACUUGUCCUCGUCCACAAAAGACAGACCUGUCAGUGUAACAUCCUGCUAAGAUGUAUCCCAGAGACCGCAGACCGCGCACGCCACACACUCCGCGGACACGCAAGACCACUGUUAGGAUGGACCCCGACUGCGCCAUAUGCCAUGCUCCCGCCUCUAUGGCAUGCGACUGCGAGGCCAAAGGUCUCGAUGUUGCCAUGAAACAGGCCGAGCAGCGUAUGAUGCAGUCCAUAUACAACGACAUUCGGAGCUGGGUCCGGGCCCAUGCCCAAGACUACAUCUUAGAGUAUUUCCGGCUUCUCACAGAGCGCCGGAAGGUAGCUCACGCCGCCAAUAUCGAUCGUAUCACCGCCUCUGCGUACCACUAUUAUCAUGCGCCGCCCCAUCCCACCGAGCUCGCCCAGGCACAAGCAGACCUGAAGCGCGGCAUCGACGAAGACUGGCAAUCCAGCGUCCAACGAUACCCCGAGGUCUUGGAAUAUUUCUUUAGCCUAGUCGAUCUUAGCCUGCCCCCCGACGAUGAUCCCAUUGUCAAGGACCCUCCUCUCAGCGCCCUCAGUGGCUCAAGAAAAUCAACCGGAAGAAGGCUCGCAGGCGGCGGGGGGCCGCCACCACCACCAGGAAGACCACAGGCCAUCACUGCUCCAGGUGGCCACGACAGAGAUCCAUUCUCAAGGAGGACACCGCCUCCCAUCGAUGCGUCCAGCAGGAGAACGCCAGGCUUGGGAGGUAGAGACAGGAGGUCCAUGCCUCCUCCCAUGGGGCAUCCAGGACCACCCCCAGGACCAUUCGGACGGACGGCACCUCCGCCACCCGGGUACUAUCCUUGGGGCUCAUAAUGACGUCUCAAAUGUCGAUGAAUGUCACAUGGGACUGGACAACACUCCCAGAAAUUCAAGACUUUUUUUUUUUUCUUUUGAAAGGGAGCACGGCGCCGUCACGGGAUUGUAAGGAUGGUUUGUUUCUAAUUAUUUUAACGAUGUCCACGAACUGCAUGAGCAACUUGCCCAGCGGCAUAUCAAUACUGGCUCACCAAACCUUUGCAUAGCAGGACGGAGUGGCACGUUGACAGGACUCCACCUCUUGCUCCUGUGUCUGAUACGCCAAGAGACACCAACAAUUUGUGUUCUUAGUCCUCGGCCCAUUCUGUAUGUCAUCGAGUUGUCUUAUGGCUAUAAUUUCUUUUGGGUAGGUCGGCGUUGGAGUACGGAUCGUUGCAAAGAGUACAUCGCGGCUGGGCAUUUACGACGGCGCAGGCCUGAUACCGUUUCUCCCUUUCUCUUUUCUUCUCCGCCAUUGCGCUAGCAAAAUCCGUAGCGGGACAAAUAACCUCGAAGGAAUAGAUGGCCUGCUAGAACAAAUACCUCGCAAAGAAUGCAAAACCGCUCUCGGACUGACCCGGGUCCGAUGUGAUAAACGGUGGACGAUGAGCAGCUUGUGCGUGCUCAUCAAGUCCAGAGAGAGUCAAGGUCAUUUGGCGUACAAAAAUGUGUGAUAGCUGCGAGCCGAGCCGUUACAGCCAAGGCCUCAAGCGGGCCGCCGCGAAACGUAGGACUUUCGCGAUGAUGGAUAGAGAGAAAGAAUCACAACAACGCGGCCGUUCCGGAGCCCCUCUCCACAAGCCCCGGUCAUAAACGAUACGACAAGACGUGCUGCACAAGCACACCUGCC